CACCAAUGGGAGCGCUGGUGCCGUGGUUGCCGUGUGACGGCGAGCCAAUGGGAAGGGUUGUUUGUUGCUGAGUGGGGUCGAGUGUGUGUGUUUUUUUUAUUCUCUCCGCUCCGCUCCCUCUCUGUUGCUUUUGGCUGGCGCUUUAACAACGGCCUGCAUUCCCUGUCAGUCCCGGCAGUUAGUCGGCCUUGCGUGCGGCUCCGAGGGGGAAGAAGGAGGAGGAGGUACCGUCCCUUUUGAUCGCGGCUCCAAUGCCGAACGAGAGCCGGGCCGGGCAGCGGGCGGGCGGCCCUGGCUUGUGAAGCGACGUUGCUGCUUGCUGCAGUCUACACAUUCGGUAUAAAGACAGUUGACUUUCGUGCUUCGGACGCCGAUUGUUGGUGUAUUUUGAAUUAACAUGAAGGCAAUCGAUGAACCUCCUUAUCUAACAGUUGGUACUGAUGUGAGUGCUAAAUACAGAGGAGCAUUCUGUGAAGCCAAGAUCAAGACAGCAAAAAGGCUUGUGAAAGUUAAGGUAACUUUCAAACAUGAUUCAUCGACUGUGGAAGUACAGGAUGAUCACAUCAAGGGACCACUCAAGGUUGGAGCAGUUGUUGAAGUCAAGAGCCCUGCUGGAACUUGCCAAGAAGCAGUCAUCAAUAAGCUGACAGAUGCAAGCUGGUACACCGUAGUUUUUGAUGAUGGCGAUGAGAGAACAUUGAGACGGACUUCCCUCUGCCUGAAAGGAGAGAGACACUUCGCUGAAAGUGAGACUCUUGACCAGUUGCCUCUUACUAAUCCUGAACAUUUUGGCACCCCUGUCAUCGGAAAGAAGUCUAACCGCGGAAGAAGGUCCAAUCCAAUAUAUAAAGCUGAAAGUAGCAGUUCAAAGUGUGACCAUCCCCUCCAAUUAAAAAGCCCUGAUGAUGAAGAUUCAUCUUCAUCUAGUGAUGAAGAUGAUGCAAACAGACGAUUAAGCGAUGAAUUAAUUGGAAAAAUUGUCUGUGUAGAGUGUUCUAAUGGAGACAAAAGGAAGACAUCCCGGUACCCAGCUCUGGUUAUUUCUCCAGAUUGCAGUGAUGAAGUCACAGUGAAAAAGGACAGUGUUUUAGUUCGCUCAUUCAAGGAUGGGAAAUUUGUGGCUGUGCCCAGGAAGGACGUUGCAGAAUUUGACAGUGAAAUGGCCUCCAAAUAUGAUGCAGCUAUGAAGGAAGCUUUGGACCAGGCACUGGAAUUCUUGAGGAGUGGAACCAUUCCCCACAACUGGAAGACUGAGUUGAAGGAAGAGAGCUCCACCAGUGAUGAAGAGGAACAUGAUGAGGAAGAGGAGAGCAGUGAGGAGGAGGAAGAGGUGGAGCCUUUUCCAGAGGAAAGAGAGAAUUUCCUGCAACAAUUGUACAAGUUCAUGGAGGAUCGAGGUACUCCAAUUAACAAACGCCCAGUGCUAGGAUACAGGGAUUUGAACUUAUUCAAGCUGUAUAGACUUGUCCAUCAACUGGGAGGAUUUGAUAAUAUUGAAAGUGGUGCUGUGUGGAAGCAGGUCUAUCAGGAUCUAGGGAUCCCUGUGAUGAACUCUGCUGCCGGUUACAAUGUCAAGUGUGCAUACAGGAAGUAUUUAUGUGGCUUUGAAGACUAUUGCAAGUCAGCUAACAUUCAGUUUCCAACAUCACUGCAAGCAGACUUUAAAGCAGAAAAACAAAAAAAAGAGUGUGAAAAGGGUCAUGAUGACCUUGAUCACAAAGAAGAAAAAGACAAGGUUGCCAGUAUUACAUCACCAGUGGCCGAAUUUGAAGGCAAAAAUGAGAAUGAAAGCAAAAGGAUUGUGCAGGAUGAAGAACUGAAGGGCCAGGAAGCAAAAUCCCUAAGGGCAAGAAAACGACACCAGCCCGAAUGCUUGGCACAGGCACCAGAUAGCAGCAAAGUGAAAAUUGAAGAAAGUGCGGAAGGGAAAGCAGGUCAAAUCUAUGAUGCCAAAGAUGAAGCAAGAUUUAAAGUUGAAGAAUUAAAAGGACAAAAAAUGGUGGAUAAAGAAAAACAUGGGGAUGAAAGCAGUAAAGAGGAUGAGGAAGAUGAAGAGGAUGAGGAAGAUGAAGAGGAGGAGGUUGGUGAUGAUGGUGAAGAGAGGGAAGAUGAAGAGGAAGAAUUUGAGUGCUACCCACCAGGAAUGAAAGUCCAAGUGAGAUAUGGUCGAGGGAGGAACCAGAAGCUCUAUGAAGCCAGCAUUAAAGAUUGUGACGUGGAGGGUGGAAUGGUCCUGUACCUGGUACACUACUGUGGCUGGAACGUGAGGUAUGAUGAAUGGAUUAAGGCAGAUAAAAUAGUGCGACCUGCAGAUAAAAAUGUUCCAAAAAUCAAACACAGAAAGAAAAUAAAGAGUAAGAUGGAUAAAGAAAAGGAAAGGAGCGAUAAAAAAGAUAAGGAAGAUAAAUCUCCAAGCAAGUCAAUGCGUGUCCGCCGGCUCUUAAAGAGCACAGCUCAUGCUGUGGCGUCAGACAUUUCCCCCAAAAUAAUGGGAGCUGGCGCGAGGAGCUGUGAAGCAGACAUUUCUACAAUGGGCAUCAUCAAUGGAGUGCAAGGCUCAGACAGCUCUGAAGAGAGUGAUGAUGAUGAUGACCACAGUGAGGCCACUUGGAGAAAAGGCCUAGAAGAGGAUGCAAGGAUUCAGGAAAGUAAUGAGACCACCUUCGAGGACCAGAGGAGCAUUCCACUGGCCGGGCGGCCGGGCACGCCUCCCACUGGCACCAAGUUGGGAAACUUAUCAGACUCUCUAGAUUGGGUGAGAAGAGGCAAGUGCUCUGAGGAGGAAGAGGAUGAGGAGGAAGGAGAGGAGUCCACAAAACUAACGGGACAGAAAGAACUGGGUGAGAGGCGGAUAAAGUCACAUGUGAAACGUGCCAGGAGGAGAAAGGUAGGUGCUGAAGACUGGGUGAAGACAGAAUCGCCAAACCGCAAGGGUGAGAGGUCGAAGGGCAAAGAGUCUCCCCUCAACAGCACAAGCAGCAACACCAGCUCCGAUGAGGAUGAGGAAAGAACUGAUGUGAAAAAUGGCACCACUAGAAAGCAUAAUGGUCUGCAGGAAAAGAGGAAACCACUGCAUGUGACCCAACUGUAUUCUGGUUUUUCAGAAGUGCCUGAGAAAAGGGUCAAGCUUUUAAAUAACUCUGAAUUAAGGGCUCACAACACAAAAGUAAAGGACCGAAAAGAUGUGUGGUCAAGCAUCCAGGUCCAGUGGCCUAAAAAAGUUCUCAAGGAGCUCUUUUCCGAUUCUGAUACUGAGACCACGUCAUCCCCACCCGUGGCCCAGGAAGAGGCAAAGGCAGAGACAUUGGCUGAAACUGCUAAAGAGGAAGAGAGGCUGCCACAUGUGGAAGCAGAAACAGCUGCAUUAGUUAUUUCCCCAGUCAAACCAAAUGAAGAGAAGCCAACAGAAAAAGUGGACAAGAAGGGUGAGAUGCCCAGCAGUGGCAGCAACUCUGUGCUCAAUACUCCGCCCACCACCCCUGAGUCUCCUGUUUUGGUUACAGUGACAGAGGCCAACAGACCACAGCCAAACACAGUGAUCCCUCAAAGGCUGGUUCCAAGCCAGGAGGAAGCCCAGAGUGUUAAAAGCGAGACUGACAGCACGAAUGAGGUUGAUAGUAUGACCGGGGAGAUGCAAGAGGGACAGUCUGAAGGCAACGUCUCUCCAACUGGAUUUGACGCUAGCAUUAGCUCAAGCAGCAGCAAUCAGCCAGAACCAGAGCAUAAGGAGAAAGUUGCAUCUGGUCAUAAACGGCCAAAAGAUGCUCAGGGAGGAAGUUCAACGAAGAAGCAAAAACGCAGCCACAAACGAUCAGGGAUCAACAAUAAAAAGAAAAGUCAAACUGCAAACAGUAGUGAUAGUGAGGAGAUGUCUGCGGGUGAAAAUACUGCCAAAUCUGUACAAGUGAAGAACAAUUCCUCCGUCGUACCAGCGGCAAUCAAUUCUCUGCCAGGAAGUACAUCUGCCACCAAAGUACUGACCCUCGGAAAAUCUCCUCUGAACGGGGAGAAGAAUGCCACCCAGGAACAGGGCAGCAGGUCUUCCAGAACAUACAAAUGGAGUAUUCAGAUGGCUGAUGUUGAGAAUAUGAAUGGUGUGGAACGCAUCGCAUUUCUUCAAGAGAAGCUACAAGAGAUCAGGCGACAUUACCUCUCCCUAAAAUCAGAGGUGGCCUCUAUUGACAGAAGAAGAAAGCGCAUGAAAAAGAAGGACCGUGAUACAAAUGCGACUGUGACGACGGCAUCCUCCUCUUCCUCGCCUUCAUCCAGUUCUCUCACAGCAGCCGUUAUGUUAACGCUGGCCGACCCGUCCGUAUCCAACUCAUCACAGAAUGGGCUGUCGGUAGAAUGUAGGUGAUGAAAGGACCUCCCGACGCACAGUGCACUUAAACGGCUCCCGGGGCUACUUUUAUUUUAUUUUUUAUUAUUAAUAUUUUUUUUUAAAAGAGACGCUGGAUAGAGGCACAAAGAAAAAAUACAAAGCAAAAUAACAAUUCAACUAGCGCUGUACGCCACAAGAAAAACUGCUUCUCAGCAAAACUAACAGCACUUAAGUGCACUUUCAUGAAGAUGUAGAAGUACAAUUUAGUGUUCUGUCGGAGCAAUAACCAUUUGCAGUCUGCCUGGGAAUCUUGUAACUGUUGAUGGACGGGCCUACCAUUAUUUGUUUUGUGGGUGGGAGUGCGGUUGCAAGAAGGACGUUUGCCUCUGUGUGUUCCUUGUUGGAAGAUUCCAUGCACAGCACACUAUUUUACAGGGCCGAUUUUAACCAGUUCAAGUAGUGUUGGCGAGAUUUGUCUCUGCUACAGCCCCCUCCACCCCCACCCCACCUUACCAUAUCCUCCACUCCCAUUGAAGCCGGACCACGUGACGAUCUCUGGUGUUGAUUUGAUUCACUUUUACUGCACAAGCUUGCUGUUUCUUAAAUGAAUUUUACUGUUAAGGUUUUUAAAACUCAAAAUGGAAAAUUGCUUGCAUUAUUUUGUGUAACACAAGCACAGGUAAUUCAAAGAUCACAGCGGGCAGACAGUGGUGGAACAUAGUGCUUUUGGCAUCAGCCUUCAACGUGUAACCAAAAUGCGGAUGAGAUUCCUUCCUGAUUACUGCCUUGUGUUUACAGGUUCGAUCUAGGGGAAAGGUUACUGUGAGUUUUCCCUGACCUGUUCAGUUGGAGAGGAAACCUAUUUUGUCAUUUUUAUAUAAAGUCAUUGAUAUUUUUUCUUUAAUUUUGAUACAGAACAUUUCGUCAAAAAAUGAAAGAAAAUACCUAACAAAAACUGUUUAAAAAAAUCUUUAAAAGAACUGUGUAUAGUGAACAUUGUACUUGCCAGCCUAAAAGAUAUAUUUAUUCUAGGGAAAUGAUGACAAGUUAUAUUUUUGUGUUUUCUUUUCCUUGUAAAUGAAAAGAGGAUUUUUUUUCUUUUUCUGAAGACAUGAAUACUUGGUUUCUAAUGUUUAUUUUAUCAUCAACGAAGCAGUCCAAAACCUGGCUUUGUUCACAUCUUGGCGAUGUAGCAGCUGCCUAUCUGCUCUCUUUGGGAUCUGCUGUGAUUAUUAAGGUAGAGUCAAAGGAUUUAAAAUCAAGAUACACAGUUCACAGCCAUGCCCUGGAAUAAACAAAAAAUACCCUCUGCCUGUUUUUUUUGUUGUAUGUAACAAUAGGUCUUGUCUUUGUCCAACACAUGUACUUACCAGUGAAUCUUUACUUUUUAUAAUGCCUUUUGUAUAUUUAGAACACUCCCCUACCAUCCACCCUGUCCCCACCCACCAACCCCCUUGGAAUUGUAUUUAAAGAGCAGUGCUAUUAAUGCACUGCACGUCUCUGUACAGACUGUUCACUGUUUUGAUGAUAACUUUGGUGUACCUUGAUUCAAAGUUAGCAUGUUGCUUUUUAUCUUUUUUUAAAAAGUAUCAAAAAGUGUUGACGGGGGUGUGUGUCUUUUGCAAGACCUGCAAGGUGGUUUUAUGUUUGUAGCUGUUGGGUUUUCUUUGCCUCUGAAUUAACACAGGAUCUUUGUAGGAAAAGCCUAUUCGUUUGGUCUGUGUAGCUUGUGCUCUUAAAAACAAUUUUUGACAAUGGUUUCAGAAUAUUUUGACCUUGUACAUGACUGUAGGACCUUUGUUUGACAGCUCAAUGUACUUUAAAAAGAACUUAUUAAAAGUUAUAUAAUAUUUAUUAGAUUCCAAACAGAUUGGAAAUUAUGUAAUUUAUUGUAAAAAAAAU